AUGGUAAUUACAAAAGAAAGCGUCGAAUUGAUAGAAGAAAAUAAUGAAGUAACUGUUGAAACAAAUGAGACAGUAGCUAUAAAUGAAAACAUUUCUAGCCAAUCUAAUCAUAAUAGAGAAAAAGGGACGGAUCAAACAAAUGAACCGAAUAUGGAAAUCAUAGUCAAAAACUUGGAUAAAAAAAUCUACUAUGAAAUUGAAAUUCAGUCAACUGAAUUUGUUAUAGAAGUUUCUAAUACAGAAUCAUCAUCAGUUGAAGUUAAUAAAGAAGAAACAUCGGCAUUACAAUUAAGUAACAAAAUAGUUAAAAGUUCAAGUAAAUCAUACAGAUUCAUCCAAUAA